AAGCAGAGGAUAUGUGCAGCUCUGCAGUUCAGCUGGAUUGUGACCCUUCAGUCCUGCAGAAUCUCUCAACCUGGACUCUGAGAUGCUGAGGUUCCUGCUGAUCACCUGCUUCUGUCAUCUCUUUGGAAAGCAGAACACAUUUCCAGUAGCAGAGGGUGUUCCUGUCAGGCUGGUGGGUGGGAACAGCUGCUGCUCUGGGAGAGUUGAGGUUCUUCAUGAUGGCCAGUGGGGGACAGUGUGUGAUGAUUCCUGGGACAUGAACGAUACCCAGGUUGUGUGCAGAGAGCUGGGCUGUGGCUCCGCUGUGUUGGCUCCAGGAAGUGCUCACUUUGGCCAAGGGAAUGGAACAAUCUGGCUGGAUAAUGUGGCAUGCAGUGGAUCAGAGACCUCACUGCACAGCUGUGGAUCACAAGGAUGGGGUAAACAUGACUGUAAACACGGUGAAGAUGCUGGAGUGGUUUGCUCAGCAUUGCAGAGUGUUCCUGUCAGGCUGGUGGGCGGGAGCAGCUCCUGCUCUGGGAGAGUUGAGGUUCUUCAUGAUGGCCAGUGUGGGACAGUGUGUGAUGAUUCCUGGGACAUGAACGAUGCCCAGGUUGUGUGCAGAGAGCUGGGCUGUGGCUCCGCUGUGUUGGCUCCAGGAGGUGCUCAAUUUGGCCAAGGGAAUGGAACAAUCUGGCUGGAUGAUGUGGCAUGCAGUGGAUCAGAGACCUCACUGCACAGCUGUGGAUCACAAGGAUGGGGUAAACAUAACUGUAACCACGGUAAAGAUGCUGGAGUGGUUUGCUCAGGUAGGAAAGAUUUAUUUGUUUCUAUUAAAAAAAACAUUACAAUAUCAGGAUCUCUUCUGAAACUUUAAGAACUCUUUUGUUGGAUUCCUUUUUUGUGUUAUAAACAUUCU